CAAAAAGAGCUCAGUGCUCACAAACAACAACUGGUGUCAGAGGGAAUAAUGGCCGGGGACGCAGUGGCGACGAACAAGAGGGUGGUGCUGAAGAGGCACGUGACCGGGUUCCCCACGGAGGAGGACAUGGAGGUCGUCGUCGACACUGUCCCGCUGCGAGUGCCGGCAGGGUCGCCGGCCAUGCUGGUGCAGAACCUGUACCUGUCGUGCGACCCCUGGAUGCGCGGCCGCAUGAGCAAGCACGACGAUGGCGGCGCCGCCGAGACGGCACCAGACUUUGUCGUCGGAGAGACCUUAGUGAAUUUCGGAGUGGGCAAGGUGAUCGACUCGACACACCCGGCGUUCAAGGCCAGCGACCUCGUCUGGGGGAUGAGUGGAUGGGAGGAGUACACCCUCGUCUCCCAGCCGGAGUCCCUGUUCAAGGUCAACCACACCGACCUGCCACUCUCCUACUACACUGGUGUUCUUGGCCUGACAGGGCUCACUGCAUACGCGUCGUUUAUGGAGCUCGGGAGGCCGAAGAGAGGCGACUUCGUGUUCGUAUCUGCCGCGUCGGGUGCCGUCGGGCAGAUCGCCGGGCAGCUCGCCAAGAUCGCCGGCUGCUACGUGGUCGGCAGCGCCGGCUCCGACGAGAAGGUCGAUCUCCUCAAGACCAAGUUCGGCUUCGACGACGCGUUCAACUACAAGUCGGAGGCCGACCUCGCCGCCGCGCUCAAGCGCCGCCUCCCAGACGGCAUCGACAUCUACGUCGACAACGUUGGCGGCGCGACGCUGGACGCCGCGCUCCUGAACAUGCGGUGGGGCGGCAGGGUGGUCGUCUGCGGGAUGAUCUCGCAGUACAACCUGAAUGAGCCAUACGGCCUGCGCAACAUGUACUGCAUCAUCCCCAAGGCUCUCCGGGUGGAAGGGUUCAACGCUACUGGCUACUUCCACAUGUACUCGAGGUUCGAGGAGGAGAUGGCCCGGUACAUCAGGGAGGGGAAGGUCGUCGUCGUGCAGGACGUCGUUGAGGGGAUCGAGAGCGCGCCGGCAGCUCUAAUCGGGUUGUUUUCGGGGAAAAAUGUUGGGAAACAGUUGGUGGCGCUUGCAAGGGAGUGAGUUGAUGAAUGUGUGUUAUCCUUUUGUGUGUUGCUGUA